AUGCAUGCUAACGUCUGCAAACAGUACUCCAUGUAUGGGCAUAUCGCCCAACUGGCCCAUGCUGAGAAGAAGGGUGUCGAGGAGGCCGGUGGCUCGGCUGAUCUCUACCAAAUCCCAGAGACUCUGCCUGGAGAAGUUCUUGGCAAGAUGCACGCACCAGGCCCGGCCAAGGACGUGCCCUUCAUCACCCCCGAGAUCCUGGCGACCUACGACGCCUUCUUGUUCGGUAUCCCAACCCGCUACGGCACGUACUCCGCGCAAUGGAAGAGCUUCAUCGACCAGUUGGGUCAACUGUGGAUGACCGGUGGCCUGCACGGCAAAUACUUUGGCGUGUUCGUCAGCACCGGCACCAUGGGAGGUGGCCAGGAGACCACGGCCAUGCAGGCACUGAGCAGCUGGGUCCACCAGGGUAUGAUCUACGUUCCUCUCGGAUACGCCAAGACCUUCGGCCUCCUCGCCGAUCUGUCCGAGGUCCGUGGUGGCACCCCAUGGGGGGCGGGUACCUUCGCCGCCGGUGACGGCAGCCGACAGCCCUCCGGAAAGGAGAUCGAGCUCGCCACUGCCCAGGGCAAAUACUUCUACGAGACUGUCGCCAAGGUCAACUUCGCAUGA